GCGAAUUACGGUCGAGUCUUCAUUGUUGGAUGCUUGCAGGGUUUGGUUUGUUAUUCUAAUUUUUGUUUGUUUUCGAGGAAAGAAAAGGUGAAAGAUGAAAUUGGCACCGCGCGAGCAUCGCACGCGCGCGGACUACCUCGUUGACAACGCCGACGCGCUGCAGCUCGGACGUAUCUUCUUGGGCUGGGGCAAAAAAAGGAGCCAUGCAAAGAAGGCUCGCACAGACGCGGUGAAGGACACGCAGACGACAGCGAAGACAGUCAGUAAAGCGGAGCCGAAGAAAGCCGCCACCCCGGCAAAAACAAGCGCCCGCCCCCCAGCCAAAAGGAGGCUGGCGACGGGCGCGGCGCAGCGCCUCGUGGCAAAGACGACGGCAUCACCGCCAUCUCGUCGCCGACCCUCUCCUUCCAAAACCGCGGCGCCGCCCGCAAAGAAGGCCGCGCCCGCUGCCAAGGCCCCGUUCCCCCGGCCGCCAGCACCAGCGCUGCCAACGCCGCGCCAGCCGGCUUCCCUGGUAAAAAGCCACCGUUCCAAAGCGGUCUCCACCGCGAAGCCACGUGCGCGUCGCUCGGCCGCGCCGCCGGUCAUUCCCAAACCGGUCCCGACGCCAGCUCUUCCCGCCCACACGCCGGGCGACGCCGCGGAGAACGCGGGCAACAGCCAGCUGGUGAGCAUCACCGUGCGCACCAUGAACGGCAGCAGCUUCCGCCUCGUCUUGACGGCGGACACAAUUUUGUACGAGUUAAAGCGCCAGAUUCUUGGUGUGGUUGCGCCUGGGCCGACAGAGCCGAACAUUUUUCAGCGGCUGCCGAUGCUCGUUAUGAACGGGCGGGCACUCAUGCCGGACAACGCCACCCUGCGCUCCCUGCGCUUCACGCCCCUUUCUACCGUCUACUGUUUCCCGGAGCCGAGUUGA